AUGGUAUCCUUCUCUUCUCUCGUUCUUGCCAUCUCUGCUGUCGCUGGCGUGAUCGCUGCUCCCAGUGAGGUCCUUGCACCUCGCGGUGGAACCCCAAGCUCCACUGGCACCAACAACGGCUUCUACUAUUCCUUCUGGACUGACGGAGCCGGUCAAAUCACGUACACCAACGGAGCCGCUGGUUCAUACAACGUCCAAUGGUCCGGGAACCAAGGUAACUUUGUUGGCGGAAAGGGAUGGAACCCUGGAAGUUCUAGAGUUAUCAACUACUCUGGCACCUUUUCUCCCAACGGCAAUGGCUACCUCUCCGUCUAUGGCUGGACAAAAAACCCUCUGGUCGAGUACUAUAUCGUCGAGUCGUACGGCAGUUACAACCCUUCUAGUGCUGCUUCGAAAAAGGGCAGCGUUACUAGUGACGGGGGAACAUACGACAUCUUCCAAACUACUCGCGUCAACCAAGCCUCCAUUGAAGGCACUUCGACCUUCCAGCAAUACUGGUCUGUUCGUACCUCCAAGCGUGUCGGCGGAACCGUUACUACCGCAAACCACUUUAACGCAUGGGCCGCCCUCGGAAUGAAGUUGGGUUCCCACGACUACCAGAUCGUUGCCACUGAAGGCUACCAGAGCAGCGGAUCCGCUAGUAUCACCGUGAGCUAG